GUUUUGUCUUUUCAGAGUGCUCUGCCAUACAGUAAGUCCACAUAGGCAAUUAUAGCACAACAUUCACAUAAUAAAAAUACGAGAAAAACAUUGUGAUGAAUGAAGUUGAGAGGCGUUCAGAGGAAAUUCUUGAAGAAUGCUGCUCAGCUACAAAGCAUGGAGAAUGUGUUAUGGAAAAGCAUAAUGAUCCCAAUUUGAGGUUCAAUACGCUUUCCCAGCAGGAGAUGGGUCUGGUCCAUCCUGUCCCUGUGCCAAGCACCCAGAUCAGGGGUCAGUGGUCAAGCAAGCUGGAGUUCCUCCUGGCUGUGGCCGGACAGAUCAUAGGCUUGGGGAAUGUAUGGAGGUUCCCAUAUCUGUGCUACAAAAAUGGAGGAGGGGUGUUCUUCAUCCCUUAUGUGCUCUUUCUGUUCACCUGUGGCAUUCCACUCUUUCUCCUGGAGACCUCCUUGGGCCAGUACACCACGCAGGGCAGCAUCACCUGCUGGAGGAAGAUCUGCCCCUUGUUUGAAGGACUGGGUUAUGGUAGUCAGGUGGUGGUUCUAUAUUCCAGCAUCUAUUACAUCAUCAUUCUAGCCUGGGCCUUCUUCUACCUUUUCUCCUCAUUCAGCUCUGAGCUCCCCUGGGCCAGUUGUAGAAACAGCUGGAACACAGCAACCUGCAUGGAGUUUGACAGAAGAGUAGUGGGACAUCUAAAUUGGACAGUAGCAGGAAACGCAACAUCGCCAGUGAGAGAGUUCUGGGAAAGGAGAGUUUUGAGACUCACAGACAGUCCAAACAUGCUAGGCAGUGUUCGCUGGGAGCUGGCUCUGUGUCUUCUACUGUCAUGGAUUCUCUGUUACUUCUGUGUCUGGAAAGGAGUGAAGUCUACUGGGAAGGUGGUCUACUUCACUGCCACCUUCCCCUAUCUGAUGCUGGUGGUGUUGCUGGUCCGUGGACUCACACUGCCGGGGGCAAUAGAUGGUAUCAAGUUCUACCUUUACCCAGAUCCAGCCCGCCUCACUGACCCACAGGUGUGGAUGGAUGCUGGAACACAAAUCUUCUUUUCCUAUGCUAUCUGCCUCGGCUGUCUGACUGCUCUUGGCAGCUACAACAAAUAUGACAACAACUGUUACAAGGACUGUGUGUACCUGUGCCUUUUGAACAGUGGAACCAGCUUUGUGGCCGGUUUUGCGAUCUUCUCUGUUCUGGGCUUCAUGGCUUAUGAACAAGGGACAGACAUCUCAACAGUGGCCGAAUCAGGUCCUGGCCUGGCAUUCAUCGCCUACCCUCGUGCCGUGGCCAUGAUGCCAUUACCCCAGCUUUGGGCCAUCUUCUUCUUCAUCAUGAUAAUCCUCCUGGGUUUAGACAGUGAGUUUGUAGGUCUGGAGGCAUUGAUGACAGCCAUCUCAGACAUGUAUCCCUCUUUGUUCCUGGUUGGCCAUCGGCGUAAAGUCCUCCUCCUCAUCAUCAGUGUGGGUAGCUUCUUCAUCGGCCUGGUCAUGGUCACAGAGGGAGGCCUGUAUAUCUUCCAGCUGUUUGAUUACUAUGCAUGCAGUGGGAUGACUCUGCUUCUCUUCGCUAUACUACAGUCAGUGUGUAUCAGCUGGGUUUAUGGUGCAGACCGUCUGUACGAUAAUAUAGAGGACAUGAUCGGUUAUCGACCAUUACCCAUCAUUAAGUACUGUUUGAAGUAUGUCACUCCAGUCAUCUGCACUGCUACAUUUCUUUUCUCCUUGAUAAAGUUUACUCCACUGAAGUUCAACAACACAUUUCAGUAUCCUUGGUGGGGUUCCGCCGUUGGCUGGUGGUUCACUCUCUCCUCCACCCUCAUGGUUCCUCUAUGGAUGGUUUACAUCGUGAGCGUCACUCCUGGUACACUACGACAGAGACUGUCCAUCCUCACCAAGCCAUCAGAGGAUCUCCCCAUGACCAAUGCCCAGAAGCAUUCCCUCCUGGCCAAGCAGUCAGAGCAGGACAGACCCCUGGGGGACACGGAGAUACCAGCCUGGGGCCACAACCUCCUAGACAGAGACACGGGCCUCCUGUAGAGACACUGGCCCCCUCUCUCAGCUACCAUCUCUAUAGGACUAGAGAUAAGCAGGUCCAGCCAGUCACUCAAGGUCCUGACAUAAACAAUACAAAUACUUCCUGUUGUGUAACAGAGACAAAUGUGACCCUUUGCUUGGUCUGAGAGGCUUAGAAAAGUAUAGGACAGAACAUAAUCCACCCCAUGCCUUUUUCUUGGGAGGGAGAUGUGGGUGUUUCCAAAACACACACUAUUUCCUGUAUGUAGCGCUGAUGAGAUGUAGAAGCACUGGUUCUGGGAAGUCUUGGUGUGAAAAAAGAGGUGUGGUCAUUCUGUUUGACCCAGAAAACUACCUAGAAUUAAUAGAAUUACAGGUCAAUCUUGCUGUCUCAUGUCAGAAUGCAGAGAAAGCAUCUGAAGUGAGAUAUUGCGUAAGGUCCGGAAGAAUUAACCAGGUCAUGGCAGACUUUCGUCUUGGCAGAGUAAUGGAGGAAACAAAAACAUGACAUUAGUACUUUUGGUCCCAGUUGGUUAACUGAGUCUGUAUAAACAAGUGAACAAACAAAUAUUUUUUUUAAGAUACAUUUUAUCUUAUAUUUGGGUGGGUUUAAUAUUCCGACAUACAGUAGUUUUUCUACUACUAUGUAAUUACUUAAGACUUUGUGAAGUAUGACAUUUGUGAAAAUAUAUCGAUGGUUAACGAAAAGGGAUUGUGUAGAUGCUGCCGCGAUGCCGGUCAGUUUGAUCGCGUAAAACUAAUUGCAGAGAAUCUUUGAUAAAAACUAAAAGUCUUAAUUUAAUGAUAGUAAAGACACGACAAUGCAUAUAUAGUAGAAACACUGUAAAAUACUGUGAUAGGAUUUGAUGCCAAUAUCAAUAAACUCAUCAAACCUU